CCCCCUACAUGUCCCCAGUGAGAGAAGACACUUAGGCCUCUAUUGACUCAUAUGACUCCCGUCGCCCUGCUCCCAAGUAGGCACACAUUCUUGAUAUUAGCUGAAACCAUGGGAGUGGCACUGACAAGAGCAGCUCAAUGGACCUCGGCUGGUUCUGGAACUGGUACACUAGAACUCACCCCUUUGAAUGAAUCUCUUCUAAAUGACAUAAUUAAGUUUGCAGAGAACUUCAGCUCUAGACAUCCUCAAGAAGCAGUAUUUGUCUUCAGAGAACCACUUGAAUGGAAAACACAAUUGGAUUAUUCAAUAUUUGAAUUAGGUUAUGAGAUCAGUGGAACAACUGUUCAGUCAGAAGAAAGAGACAAAGAUGGUCAACCAUUGCUUCUCCUCGCUGCCUCAACUAUCAGAGUACGCAGUUUUGGCCAACUCUCUCGUUUGCUACAUGUGGCUAUGGAAAAAAAGUUAAAGGAAGCACAGGCAUGCCUUCAAGCCAAUAGAGAUCCUAUAGUGAAAAUUCUUGGCCCGGGAUAUGCGACCAUUGAAGGAGAAGAUACGUCUAUGCUGCGCUUGCUGGACAGAAUGAAAAAAGAUGAUGAUCCUGAUACAGAGGUUAAAAUGAAGAUCUCUCUUCUUCUUCAACAGCUGGAUAUGCAACUACUUAACAGUUCUUUAAAACAUAUUUCACAAGAGGUGAGAUUAAGUCCAGCUGCUGUAAAAAAUGAAGUGAAUCUGCUCAAACAUUUCUCUGGAGAAGGAGAAGAUACUGUGCUGGAAUCUCUUGAAUAUACAUCAGAGUAUGAAUUCUCCAAUGGAUGUCGAGCCCCACCUUGGAGACAAGUCCAUGGGGAAAUUUGUUAUUUGAUUGUUAAACCACAUGACACCGAUCCUUUGUAUAUCACUUGCAGCACAGCAGGAGUGUUUUUAAAUGGGGGUAGAGGAAAGGAGAAAGAUGAUAUUGACUAUGAGAGAAAAAGUGACAUAUGUAAAGAUCUUAUAACAUUAUUAAGGGAAAGAUCACCAAAAUUUGUAGAGAAUAUGGCUAAACAGGAUUAUACAUUUUUUGAAGAACCAACGUAUGAAAAGCAUUAUCACCAUAUGGAAAUAGUUGACGCUGAGGAUGUAGGCCAAUCCCAAAAGUUUUACGAUUAUUCAGAAAAGAAUGUGUUUGAGAAGACGAAGAGUCCUCUUGUAAAAAGCAAACCCAUUGACAAGAAAUUAGAACCAUCUCUGAAGUGGAAGAAAGUUGGGCUUCCUGCUUCCCAGGAUGACAAAGCUGCAAACAAAGUUAUCCAAGAAGAAAAAGAAAACAGACCUAUUGUUCCAGAAAGCAAGAAAAAAGCCAAUAUCCUUCCCCCUGGACCUGUUAAAGGACAAUCAGUUUCAAAACGUAAAGUGUCAGAAAAAUCUGAUGAAAUUAGUGAAAGUUCUUCUGAGAGUGAGGAAGAUGAAGAACAGCCUGAACGUCACCAGGAAGGGAACACUGAUUUGCCAUCUGAAUACUGGCAAAUUCAGAAACUAGUAAAAUACAUAAAGGUAUGA